AUGGCCCACUGGGAUUUUCGAAACUCAAAUUCGGCGUCUCGCUGGCCAGCACCAGGGAUAUUUAUAAACGUUGAAUUUGGUGUUUCUUUCUCUCCAGUAGACAGACCACACAUGUCGUCCAUGAACUACACUUCUGAUGCCAUGCGAGAAAGUAUGAAGCGCCAACACCAGGAAAAUCGAGAUGCUCAGUCCUCGAGUUUAGCGCCUCUAUGGCAACAAUCGAGACUGGAAAGACAGCAACGUCAGCAGCGCCAACAACAGCACCGAGGUUCUCAACGCCCGCAACACAGAGAUAAUUCGCAGCGAUCACGCAGAUUGGGAAUCGAGACACCAACACCACGCGAAAGAGGUCGUUCGGCUCCUCCUCAAGUAGCGACCACCCCCGUACCUCUAUCACCGGAUAUAGCAAGCCCUGUCUCGUCAUUAUCGUCCUAUGGAAGCGGUGUCGUCAGCAUCAUGGCACCAUCUCUAGUAUUAACUCCAACACUGAGAGAUCGGCCACUACCUCCAUUGCCGUCUCACUUUCGACUGGGAGAAGAUGAUAUGCCAUGGUCUACUGAUCCAUGGUAUCGCCAUGAUGAACAAGAGCCCACUGCAAGGGGCCGUCAACUGGAACAGACACGCAAUCAGGGACGCGUGGAAGAUCCCCAACGUAUAAGAGAGCUAGAAGACUUGCAUCUAGCUAUGAUGACUGUCGAUAGCUUGGAUCAGGAAGGCUGGCAGAGAUGGACGUGGGAUAGUUCUGAAGAUGUUCCCAAGCCAACACAGCGAGCGCCGACGAGCCUAGGGUGGGCAGUAAGCAGGACUGAGGAAGUACCCGAUCUUUAUGCCACUGAUCACUUGGACCGGGUCGGACACGCUGAGCAUGCACCACCACCACCAUACGUCGUUUCACAGUAUGAGAGUACAUAUGGAAGAAGACCUCGAAGCGCGUAUGCGUGA